GAAGUUACCCCACCAUCACCGAUAGAGAAUUUAUCAGUGACAGCGAAAUUGUUGCGAUUGGACUGCGCCAUGUGAUGUCCUCUUGCCAUUGCUUCAUUUCAUCCAUUUCCCUCGAAACUCCAUUGCACAAUGGCAAAUGAAGAAGAUUUCGUGGGCUUCGGGGACAUCUUCAAGGACCCCGAAGGGUUCUACCCUCCUGAGAAAGAACCCACCUUCGCAGAGCACCAGAUGCUCACCGGCCAGACGGUGCGCGUGCGCCUUGUCGGCAGCCAUCCUCUCUACGGUGAUCUGCUGUGGAACGCCGGCCGGACGAGCGCCACAUACAUAGAAGAGAAAGCUAGCGCCCUUGUCGAGGGGAAAGAUGUCUUGGAGAUUGGAGCUGCGGCAGGUGUCCCGAGCAUCGUUAGCGCAGUCAAAGGAGCUCGUACCGUCGUCAUGACCGAUUACCCUGAUCCGGACCUGGUCGAGAACAUGCGAUACAAUGCCUCGCUCUCAGCGCCCAUCAUUCCCAGCUCGUCGUCCCUUUACGCUGAUGGAUACAAAUGGGGUGAUCCGGUUGAACCAUUGACGGCGUAUCUCCCCGAGGGCUCAAACAGUUUCGACCUUCUGAUCAUGGCCGACGUGGUGUACAGUUAUCGCGAGCACCCCAAUCUGAUCAAGGUCAUGCAGAAGGCACUGAAGAAAUCCAAGGACUCCGUCGCGUUGGUGGUCUUUACACCUUACCAGCCCUGGCUUCUUCCCAGGAACCAGACUUUCUUUCCAUUGGCAGAACAGAGCGGGUUUCAGGUCACCAAGAUCUUCGAGAAGGUCAUGGAUAAGGUCUUGUUUGAGAACGACCCUGGUGAUGAAUUACUUCGUAGGACGGUAUUCGGAUAUGAGAUCCGGUGGGCUCCCGAUCAACUGAAUUGACAGGGGGUGUGAAAACUAAAAAGUGUAUAUACCUUGGCGAUUAAUGACCUUGAUGAACCCAUACCCGUAGAAUGAUUGGCCUAGUGGCAUGCGAAC